GCCCCGCCCUGGCCCCACCAUGACCGGCUCCGCGGCCGACACUCACCGCUGCCCCCACCCCAAAGGCGCCAAAGGCACCCGGUCCCGGAGCAGCCACGCGCGGCCCGUGAGCCUCGCCACCAGCGGGGGCUCGGAGGAGGAGGACAAAGACGGCGGGGUGCUGUUUCACGUUAACAAGAGCGGCUUCCCCAUCGACAGCCACACCUGGGAGCGCAUGUGGAUGCACGUGGCCAAGGUGCACCCCAAGGGGGGAGAAAUGGUGGGCGCCAUCAGGAACGCCACGUUCUUGGCAAAGCCUUCAGUGCCCCAGGUUCCAAACUACAGGCUGUCGAUGACCAUCCCAGACUGGCUCCAGGCAAUCCAGAACUACAUGAAGACACUACAAUACAAUCAUACAGGGACCCAGUUCUUUGAAAUUAGGAAAAUGAGACCGCUGAGUGGGUUAAUGGAAACAGCAAAAGAAAUGACUCGGGAGUCCUUGCCUAUCAAAUGCCUUGAAGCUGUCAUCCUGGGCAUAUACUUAACCAAUGGACAGCCUUCCAUCGAGCGAUUCCCCAUCAGCUUUAAAACCUACUUCUCAGGAAACUACUUUCACCAUGUUGUGCUGGGGAUUUAUUGCAAUGGCCGCUAUGGCUCACUGGGCAUGAGCCGGAGGGCUGAGCUGAUGGACAAGCCGUUGACCUUUCGGACUUUGAGUGACCUCAUCUUUGACUUUGAAGACUCCUACAAGAAGUACCUGCACACAGUCAAGAAGGUCAAGAUUGGGCUGUAUGUCCCCCAUGAGCCUCAUAGCUUUCAGCCCAUUGAGUGGAAGCAGCUGGUCCUCAAUGUCUCAAAGAUGUUGAGGGCUGACAUAAGGAAGGAGCUGGAGAAAUAUGCCAGGGACAUGAGAAUGAAGAUCCUGAAACCUGCAAGUGCCCAUUCUCCAACCCAAGUGAGAAGUCGGGGGAAAUCCCUGUCCCCCAGAAGGAGACAGGCAAGCCCCCCGAGACGGCUCGGCAGGAGAGACAAGUCCCGAGGCAAGCGACCCUGCCUGCGCCUGCAGAGGACAGCGCUCAGACUGCCGCAGUUAUCCCAGCUUCCGCCAUUGCUGCAGACUAGAACCCAGGACACCCUGGUUCCUAGAGGUGUGUCUGGAGAGGAGCAGCUUCUCAGCUUCUACCCGUGGCCUUCACCAAGCAGGCUUUUCUCCAGGCCUGCACUGCCUGAGAAGAAGGUGGCUGACCUCAGCACGCUGAAUGAAGUGGGCUACCAAAUCCGAAUUUAGGCAAGCCAUAUCAGCCAACAAGGGGGCUUCUCUGGUGCUUCUCUCUGCACUUUACCCCAGCAUCUUCAGGAGGAACUGCAACUAUGGAGAACCUGUGGAUUUUAUUUUUACGGAUUCACUUGGACGUGGAAGCGGAGUGGGGGGCAACAAUUAACUUUGAAAGAAAAUUCACGAAGGGGCAACCAUGGAAAGGCUGAAGUAAGAAAGCCCACUGCGGUUGGACUGACUCCCUCACUGCAGAUAGAAAGGGUAAUACCAUAAACUGUAGUUUUAUAUUUUCCCAUUCACCUGUUUUUGUUUACUUGCUUUUGAACAUUAUGCCUCCACCGGUAGGAAAUGUUAAUGAAACCCUCCCUCCUACUUUUGAUAUAGUAAGGUAACUCAGUCAGUAUUAAUGUCUUUUUCAGCAAUAACAGAGGCAAAGAUUGGUGGGAUUUUUUUUUUUUUUUUAAGCAGUCAAUAUUACCUCAGCAUCUUGACAUCAGAUAUGCAAACUUAAUGGUGUUUUCAUUUUUUUUAUAUUCUAUUUGUAUUGCUUCCCCGAUAUUUCCAAUGGGGAUGUCCACAAAGUUUGGAAUUUUUUCCUGGUGCACACAUAAUGAGAUUUAAGGUUAUUAUAUCAAGUGUUUUACUAAAAAAAAAAGCACUGAAAUUCUUCUGGCAGUACGGGAAACUAUUUUCAGGAUGUUGGAACUACUUCUUAAUCUUUCUUAAAGCAUUCACGGACAGCGGUUUCUGUUCUUUCAAAACAAAACAAAAAGCACGUGCAGGAGGUAGUCUAUGUUCUGUCACUGACAUUUAAACUUUGCAACCUCCAGCAAAAAAGAAAAAAAAAAAAAAGCACAAGAGGUCAUAGCGCCGUGACACAAAGUGAGCAAUAUUGCAGCGACCUCCGACAGUCACACACGCAGAAAGGCAGAGGCCCGCAGUGGAUCAGUAGAGAGCCUGGAGAAGCAGAUAACCUUUCUCUUCAACGUUCCAUCUGAUUUUUGAACUCUGAGUCAGACCUUGAUUCUGAAGGACUCACGGCUGGUAGAGACGUGUUCCGAUGUCUUAUGUUAAGACCAAGUGUGGCACGAUGUGAUCAUUUUCCAGUACCUUGCUUUUUAAAGUACCACUUCGUGACAUUUAGGAACUAGCAAUUGGCAAAUGCAGUGAAUGAGAGAAGCAGAGCCUUUUUUAAAAUGGAAAAGUCUCUCAGGUACAGUGUUACACCUUAUAGCCUGAUGUAGUCCAUCAAGGGCAGGAGGAGUAUGUGGCCUGCAUAUGGUGGUCACAGUGGAACUUCCGGCUGCGGGCCACACAGAAGAACUCUAACAGCCAAAUCUGUGUUAGCAAUAUCAGGAGUAUGCUUCUGUUGCAUCUGCGUUUUCUCAGCCGCCGUGCCAACUCGUGAGACCCACAGGCGUAUUUAAGUGAAGUCUACUAGUCAACGAAAGUGUUAUUUUAGUCUCAGUGCUUCCUCUCUGGCUUUCUUUCACUGAAGGUGAUUUCAGAAAGGGAGUAAAAAAAGUAAGAAUCUGCUUGAUUCUUGACCAGUAAAACCACCGAAGGUGACUUCGUCCUUUGGCCACGUAUGCACGCGCUCGCUUUAUGCUAAAACUCAAUGGCAUCAACAGACAGUAUUUUCUUGAAAAAGAAGGACAUUUAAUGUCCUUUACAUGAAAAGUACCGAGUAAGCAUACAUCUCAACUAGGUGAAGAUACAGAAGUUAAAAAUUCUGAACUUGAUCACUUUAAGAAUACUAUUAUCAGAGUUUAAAAUGAGGUUUCUUUAUACGUCUUCAUAAGGCAAACUCAUUUGAAUUAGUCAAUUCGUUCUUCUUCUAAAACAAUCCCGACUUAGCUCCUUUUAUGUAUGAAAAACAAGAUUUACAUAUCUUAUGUUUAUCAAUGUGAAAUCUUGUUAUCUCCAGUAAGUAUUUAUACCACUGCACUUACACCACUGCAGUAUAAGUAGCUUAGAAUAAGGAUUUUCUAAGAGCCUGGAAUAGGAUUUUCCAAGUGUUGCUCAAGUACUGUCCCAUCCAAAGUAGAAAAGGUCAGUAGUUGCAGAGCCUUGUUUCCCACAAAAAUGGGUAAGAGAACAGGGACACAGACCAUUUCUAAUAUUCUGAUGUAUAAGCCUUAAAACUGCCAACUGUCUUGAUGAUUCAAUUAGUAACCUGAUUUUUUUCCACUCCUUGAUUUUAAGAUUCAUUUCCCCAAAGCAAGUGUUCGUGGCAGAAACAGGAAAAUUAAUUUAAAAUACUCUUAGUUUUCAUUCUGUUUUCAAUGCCUAUGGAAUUAUGUUAAUUGCUAAAAGAUUUGAGACAGGCACCAAACUCCUAAAUUCUAGUGCAAUAAUUUAAUUGAAAUGAUACUAAGGUUAAAAAAAAAAACAAAAAACAAAAACCAUGACAUGAUUUACCCCCCAAAAUGGAUUUUAAGACUGGCUAUAAUUCAAAAGAUAAAAAGGAAAUCUAUGAGAUGAUUUGAAUCUAGUAUUUAAAGUUAUUCAUGCAAGAGAAGUUUUGUGCUCAAGCCAUUAUGGGGAUACAUGGCAAAGUUUAAAUGGAUGACAGAAAUCUUGAUUUUAGACUACAUGUUGUGCUGUUUUGAGUACACUUUAUUUCAGAAAGUGAUAUUUAGUAUUUUCUAUACACUUUGAAAUCAUGAGCAUUUCACUUUUUCUAAGUCAAUUAUUUCAUAAGGAUUUUAUUAAUAGAUAUUGGUAAAUAGAACUUUGGAGAUCUUAAUUCUGUAUUCUUACUAUACCCGAGGCUUUUGUAAGCUAUAGUUUUAUGUACAACCUUGUACAGUUUUUUUGACACACAAUUCAGAAUCUUGUUUAUUCUCCUGGACUUUGUUCUGGCCAAUACAUUUUUUUUAAAUCUUUAAGGAAAACUGUGAUUGUUUUAGUGGGUAUUUUUCUAAGUAAAGGAAAACUUGUAUAAUGGUAUUUUAGAGAAUGCCAGAUCAGUGCAUGUUUCAAGUUAAUGUUUUUCUCAUCACUUGUAUGUUUAUACACAGCAUGGGACUUUAAUAAAACCAUCCUGGAAACUGAA